AUGAUUAUUCUUCGAGACAUAGAAAAAAGCAAGAAGAUUAAUUGUUAUCCUAACAGAUAUAAACCAAGCAAUCAUAAAAAUGGACAAACUGAUCAACAAUCGUGGGUUAGUCGUCAUGAUAUUGGCAAUGGAAAUCAACAGAAAAUACAAUCGAAAACUUCAGCUCAAGCAACUUCACAACCAAUUUGUAAAGCUCUGGCUCUUCAUAGUUUUUAUGCACAGACCAGCAGAGAAUUGUCUUUCAAAAAAGGCGAUUUACUUCUUGUCCGACGACGUAUUAAUGAUGAUUGGCUUGAAGGUGUAUUUCAAGAUUCAGUCGGAAUAUUUCCUCUUAAUUAUGUCGAACUAUUUCCAUUGGAAGUAAACGAGCAAGAGAACCUUUCCAGUGAUUAUGAUAUGGAACACGAAGCUGAAGGUGAAGCGAUUGUUAAAUACGAUUUCAUACCACAGAAAUCAUUUGAAUUGCAAUUGAGAAAGGGUGAUAAAGUUGUUCUAUUACGACGACUGGAUGAAAAUUGGUACGAAGGAAGACUUAAUCAUAUCGAAGGUAUCUUUCCUGCAGCUUAUGUUGAAACUGUGAAAGAACCACCAGAUAAUCUAUCGAAACAAUCACAGCCAAUCGAACAAGUUCAAUCUCCCAAACCUAUUUCCUCUGAUUCGGAAGUGACAUCAUCUGAAAAAGUUCAUGCUAUUCCAGACAUAUCAUUACCAAUGAGAAAAUGUCAAGUUCUCUACGACUAUACUCCACAGAAUCCCGAUGAAUUGGAGAUUCACGUCGGAGAUAUCAUCAAUAUUAUUGAAAUGUGCGAUGAUGGAUGGUACUGUGGAGUCAUGGAUCGGCCAAAUCAAAGAGAUUCAAUGGAAUUUGGCACAUUUCCAGGCAAUUAUGUUAAACUCUUAUCUUAA